GUAUUCUGCUGCUAAGCAACUACAUCAAACUAUGGAACGGUAGAAACCUACAUGGUUAAAACAGCGUCAUUGAUUGGGUAAUGAUCGCUCUCGGCUCAAUCAGCGCCAAGUUUGUUAAACUUGGAACUUUGUGUUUGGUUAUUCUGUAUUCCGUUUGAAAAUAUGUCGACCAAGAGCAGCAUCGGCAACACGGAGUACAUGAAAAGGAGAAUACCUCAGAACCCCAAAUAUCAACAUGUGAGGACAAGGCUGGACACAGGAUGCAGCCUGACGAAGUAUGUGGAGAGGCUUGAGGAGAUAAAGAAAAAUUACAGGUACAGAAAGGAUGAACUCUUCAAAAGGCUUAAAGUUACAACAUUUGCACAGUUGGUAAUUCAGGUAGCAUCAGUUUCGGACCUAAACGAAAGUAUGAGUGAUGGCGAAACACCAAGGCUGGAAGCCGACAUGGAGCGUCUGUCUGAGCAGACCAACAGUUCCCCCCUGCCCACGCCCGCUCAGUUCAUCGACAACAACAAUGACGCGGGGGACGCUGGCUACUCCCCCAGGUCCACGCUUCAAAGUGUAAUAAGCGGAGUGGGAGAGCUGGACCUGGAUAAGAACGGUCAGAAGACAGUGACUCUGACAACUGUGUCCAGCCCUCGGCUUCCAGACGGACCCUACCCAGACUGCCCCUACCUGCUGCUGGACGUCAGGGACAGAGAGCAGUACGACCAGUGUCACAUCAUCAGCGCAUACAGUUACCCCAUCGCAACCCUCUCAAGAACAAUGAAUCCCUACACCAAGGAGGUGCUGGAUUAUAAAAACGUUUUGGGUAAGAUCAUAAUCGUAUAUGAUGAGGAUGAGAGGGUGGCUGCCCAGGCAGCCACCGCCAUGUGUGAGCGGGGCUUCGAGAACCUCUUCAUGCUAUCUGGAGGCCUGAAGGUGAUUGCUCAGAAGUUUCCAGAGGGGAUGACAACAGGCACCAUCCCGGUGUCGUGCCUCCCGUCUCCCACGGCGACAGCAGGCAGGAAGCGCUACACCCACAGACAGGUGUUCAUGCCAGCCGACAGGAAGUGGAGGUUCACCUCAGACGACAUGGCCAACAUCCAGGCACACUUGGAGGAGAUGCUCGUUCCCUCGGACACCAACAGCCGUCUCAGCAGCCGCAUGUCCACCAGCAGUGCCCAGUCCAAAGCGUCCAGCGCUCGCAGUGUACGCACAUCCUCUCUGGCCGGCUCUGAAACCGCCAGAUCCCAGAGCAGCCGACCGUGGAAAUAACCCUCAGCCUUAACCCAAAUAAAGUCUACUUAUUUCACUACCACCACCCAUGUGCCCUUCUGUAAAAGGGGCACCCACCAAACCCCCAACUAUGCCCCCCCCCCCCCC